AUGAAUCCUCGUGUCAUCGCUCUUAUAAUGCUCGUGGCUUGCGCUAACGCGCUGUUGGGUGGACUACCAAGCAAUGCUUCACAAACCUUCGAUUUUGUAAAAUUUAUCGAAGAUAGCAUUAAGACAAUUAAGGAUGGUGGACUCGAUCCGUAUAUAAAUGAUGGGGACUCCUAUUAUACCUCGCUUGAUUAUCCUUGGCUUGGGGAGUUGACAGUAAUAGGUUAUUUCCACAACUUCGAAUUAAUUGGGCUCAGUGACAUAAUCUACGACUUUAAUUAUGAAGAGGAUGAGUUCGUUAUAUACAUUCGAUUUCCUCGACUUGAAUCAACAAUAGGUUUGGCGGCUUUAGAAGCGGUAUAUAACGGUAUCCCCUAUGAAAUCCAAUUCGCUGGCAGGCUUGCUGUCAACGAUUUUGUUAUCACUGUUCGAGUUAAACCAGGUUCCACUGAACCUUCUGAUGAAGACUACAAAAUCGCAGUUGGGCUUGGAAGCAUUGAGUCCAAAAUGAAAAUGUUUCUUGGAGGAAACGAUAUUUCUAAUAACUUCAAUGUCUUCAUGGAAACUUCUGUACCGUAUAUAUUGAGGGUAUACCAGAAAGAACCAAGCAACAUUAUAACAGAAAUAGUGUUGAAACUUCCCGAAAUACUUGAAAAAUUCGAAUAA